CUACAAAGUCAGACACAUUCGUAAAUUGAAAAUCUUAUUUUCAAAAUAGUUUUUAAAGCGAUGAAUAUUUUCUUAUCAGUGAUAAUUUUAAGUUUGUGCAUCCUGCAACUUAGUUUUGCUCGCAGCAGUAUAAAAUGGACGCUCCUGAAACCUCACCCUUCGAGAAAAGUUGGAAGGUGCUACAACAAAAAAUACGGUCACCUUUCCGUAGGGAGAACUGAUAUUAAGGGAGAAUGUAUGGCUUUGAAAUGCCAUCCAAACGGCAGUAUAACACUUUUCGAGUGUGGACCACGUAUUUUCAAAGGCAUGAGACGAUGUGUUAGAGAGAAACCGCUAGAACCUUGGAAACCAUUUCGUAGGUGUUGUCCAGUUCAUUGUCCAGAAAUGGGCAAUCACUAUAUGUAAUUAUAGAUACUAAUCAAAUAAAUCUUGAG